UGGGGAAUAAUAAGACGGAAUUCUGUCAGUUGUACUGUGAGGAAAACGUCGGGCCUUUAACGGUGCGACAGUAACGGUGCGCCGCAGUUAACGGUUCCAACUGCGGCGAUCCAGGUACGUUCAAGGUGGUCAUUUGGUGCUUACCGUCAGAUGUACAGACUGCAGAGACAAGCAUGGAUGGUUCUGAGAAAUCACUCCCUGACACCAUUAACCCCAAUAAUUUCCCUGCCAAACUGUGGCUGCUGGUAAACAACCCGACCAUCAAAGCCAUCGACUGGGACAGCCGCGGCGAGGCCAUCGUCAUCGAUCAGAAGCUGUUUGAGAAACAGAUCCUGUCCCCCAACAGCGUAAACUCAAACGAAACUUUCUUCAAAACCACUAAUUUCUCAAGUUUCGUACGUCAGCUUAAUCUGUACGGCUUUAGGAAAGGCGAGCUAGCUAUGAGCGAUGAAACAGCAGUAUACAGUGGGACGUUUCAUUAUUUUUACAACCCAAACUUUCAGCGAGACCACCCAGAACUUGUCUCGAGCCUUAGGAGGCUCACUGUGGACAAUAAAGCUAAGAUUAAAGCUGGUCUGGAGGUCAACUGUCGGCUUCAGAAUCAUUACCAGAAAUUACAUGGAGGAGGUGAUACCAAGGAUCUAAAAAGAAGAAGCACAUCUCCUCUCAACCCCACACAUCAGGAUUCACCUCAUCCAUGUCAUCCUAAUAAAUUCCACGUCACCAAAGUACACAGUGGAACCCCAGUCCCACCUCAACACCUGAGUAGGGGUCAUGGUGCAGCCCUCUCUCCUAACAUCUUUCCUGCAGCCAAAGGAAUACCAGCGUCUUUAAGCCAGUACUACACUGUAGCAGCCACAACCUCCAAUGUCAUGCACAUUCAGCAGGGUUUGCCUACCCAUUCAAGCAAUGGAAAUCCAAAUUUCACCAGUUUUAAUUCUCCGACUACCCCGCAUCAGCCUGGCUACUACCCCUCAGUUUGCCGUUGCUGCCAUCCAAACCUUGUGUCGCCACAUAUAGUAGGUCUUCAAAAAGGGUGGUUUUCUCCCCAAAGUUUUUACCAGGGAGGGUACCCUGUGAAGUUGUUUGAAGACAACCAGGAAUUACAACGGGAGGAAAACCAGGAGGGGAAAAAACGUGACAUUAACUUGGAUGCAAUUUUUCAGAUUGCAGAUGAGGUGAUGCAAACGUCCUCUAAUACCUGUCUGGUUAAAGUUGAGACCCCUGAGAAAAAGGUCCCAGUGUUUGGGAUUGCCUCCAACUCUAGUAAUGCAGCAGUGUUUGAAAACAGUGGAAGAAACACCAAACCUGUCCAAGUGUUGAGCAGUUGUCCUGUAACCACACAGUCACAGGAAGUGGAGUCAGUGACUUCAGAGCUAUAUGAGGUUACCACUGAUCAAGUAAAUGAUGAAAUCAUAAGUGUUGAGAUCAGUUACAACGGCAGUGACACCAGUCAGGAUUAAACAGCACAGGAAGUACACCAGGUCAGUAGGAAAGAGAUGACUGAACCUUUUACGGAGGAUAUUCAGAGUCAAGCUAGUGGAGGGAAAGUGUUUCCAUGUUUUUUUUUUUGGCAAGCUCUCACCAAUGACUUUAUCUACCAUCAGCCACAUCUUUAAUUUAAAUCUGAGUCUGUGGAUUUGUUGGCAUGUUCUCACCAUCUGAUGUUAAGUUCUCACAGUAAUUGAUGCUGGAAAAUUGAUCGAUUUGUUCUAAUACAAAUUUAAUUUAUUUUAUUUUAUUUUUUGCCAAAGUAGUAGAAUAUUGUACUUUUUCAAUUGUACAGUUGUGUUUGUCUUUAUAUGCAAAGAGUUUAGAUAUUUAAUAAUUUAAAGUAUUUUUUUUCUCUUGUACACUGAAUUGUUUGUACAUCUGUACAUUUUAAAAAACAUAUAGUAGGCUUUAUGUAUUCUUUUUAAACAGUAUUCUUUCAUGUCUUUUGGUAUUUAGUUUAUUUUAACUCAAGCUUCUCCAUUUUAAUAUGCAUUUUUAAAAUAUGUAAAACAGAACAGUGCUGUGCAUUGUAACAAGCUUGUGUAAAGUACAUUUCUAAAUAUAAGCUUUUAAAAUUGUGUUUAAAAAACAAUUACCCAAAUGUAGUUUUGCUUUGUUUCCUUUGAGGUGCUGUGCAGGUGAUGGUGGUUUUUAACCCACCUUUUUAUUUUUCACUGCAUCUCCUCAUGGUGUAACUCUUUUUAAAAACUUGUAAAAACCUGUAUCUGUCAUUUUGCUUAGAGAACUUGGACAAAGCACCGAUAUUAUUAAAAUGAACUAGAAUUAG